ACGUCGAUCAGGAUCCUUGCACUCUUAUAUGGCCGAGCAUGGAUUUUUGCUAUCCCCUGCUGCUGAAGAAGAACACGGUGACUUGCUGCCACUGUCGAUGCAGGCCAAUGCACGUUCCAUACAACAACCACCCUCGUUCAAAAUAGAGCGUGUUACAAGCAUAUCAACGUUUGAAGAUCCAUCAUCCAUGUCCAUUUCGAUUCUCGAUCCAGUUCCCUCUAAUAUUGACAAUGUCGCAGUAGGCGAUGCUUAUCAAAAUGAUCGACCGCUGAGAAGAAGAAGCAAUACCAACUCGAUUGCGAAUGACUAUUUUGAUGGCGAUGCAGAACUUUUGAAUAUGUCAUCGCAUUCGAUCAAGCCAACAAGACCUGGAUCAUGGCUGGUUCAAUCGCAUCAGCUUGCUAUAGCGCAAGACUCGUAUCAUGCUCAAGAUAGCACUGAAUUGAAUUUACAUACUGGGGAUAAAAUCGAAGUUUUAGAUUGCACUGAUCCAUUUUGGUGGACAGGACGACUUGGAAAACGUCGUGACCAGAUUGGACUUUUUCCAGCAUCGUUGACUUCCAAAGACAUCCAUUAAACAUUGGGAAUAAUGGCAAGACCGAAUUUGUCCAGCUACAAUUGUUAAUCAAGCGUCUACGCACAAUUAGCACAUUGUUUUAUCCAUCGCUCAAUAAAAUAAGGUUAAGAAAAGCAGUGC